GUUGCUCCGUGGCAUGUGGGAUCUUCCCAGACCAGGGCUCGAACCCAUGUCCCCUGCAUUGGCAGGCAGAUUCUUAAGCACUGUGCCACCAGGGUAGUCCCUUAAUCGUGUUUUUUGACCCUUUAUCCUGUUUUAUCAUUACCAUAGUAUAUAUUAGAAUUUAUAAGCUCAUUCACUUUUUUUUUAAAGAGGAAGUUUGUGAAUAAAAUAGGGACAAAACUUUAAAAAUUGCCUGAAUACUUGGUCCAUUGUUGGGCCUAUCAGACACUUGCUUUUGUGUCUCUUAGGAGUUGUGUAAUGCUUUCUUUGUGACUAUUUGAAAAGGGAAGUGGAACCAUCUACUGCAGAGUACCCAGCGCUGAAGAGAUGCAGGGUGGCUUCCCGGGGGGAGCUCUGAGAUUUAGCAAUCUGUGAUAACGUCACUUCUGACCCCAGCCUCUUGUUAGGACAGGAGGGCCUGGGACGGCCAUGACACUUGUGGAAACGACCUUGCAGCUCCUUCUGCUGUGGGUUAAGCUUCCUGAGAUGGGUUGACAGGACAGAGAAGUCCUUUCUCAAAGUGCCCUGGGAGCAAUCGUCACAAUUUGAAAUUCUGUCCCCUCUCUGCCUUAUUAGAUUUUGCUGGAAGCCCUGUGGUUUGAGGGCGGAGGGGGGACACCCUCUGAAAACCUGUGGGCACUGGCCGGAGAAUGUCACUUCUUGAAGGAAUAGGCGCUACAGAUGAUGUGGAAAUAAGACCACAGUUUUUGUCACUGUCAUUAAAAUGGUGAUAUGAUUCUGAGAACUCUCAGCAGAGAGCUUGUUUUGAGAACCAUCCAGAGACAGGGAAGUGGCCCCUGCUUCCCUUGCUGCCCCGCCUUUGCAAGGGCCACGUGCUCCACAGGCUGACCUCAGCCUUUGGGCGCUGGUGGGCUCUCCAGGGUGAGUGGUUUGUGCAGGCCAGCCUGUCUGCUUCAGCGCCAUCUCCCCAGACAUCAGCAGAACGUGGUCCCUCUAAUAAGGUCACCCUGUAUCGAAGGAGCAUCAGGGGUGGAGCCCUCCUUUCAGCAGCCAAAUGGACCUGACACCACCACGGGGCGUGUCUGGGUAGGUUUUGCUGCCAGCGAGGGUUCCAGCAGCAUCUGUCAGAGCCAGAUUGUACCUUUCGUGUUCCCUUCACUCUUCAAGCCAGUCUCUGCCAGAGGCAUCGUGUGUCCCCCAUCUGAAGGCUCACUGAUCAUCUUCUAGGAGUCAAAGCUGUGUCUCAGUCUGUUUUCUGAAUCAGGAGUGAAGAUACACCCCCUGUUGAGAAUGCUGGACUUGAUGAAUCAGCCCUCUCCAUGUGAAAAACUGUCAUUUCUUUGCAGGGAAAGGUGCAUGUCUGGCAAAAGCUUAUGUAUCUGUAUCACCCAGAACCUCGAGGGAAGUGGUUCUUAUUACCUGUGGGCCUUGGCCCCUCUGUGAAGCUAAUAUAAGCUACAGAUGUUCUUCCCAGAAAAGUACAGAGGGAGCCCCAAGUGCAAAGUCGGUGGGGUCCCUUCCACGGCCCCAGGUUAAACAGCCCCCAUCUGAGCCUGCAUUCGCCAAACUCAGGGGAGCCCGAAUGGAUUGCGAAAGGAGGAAGCCUUGCAUUUCAAAGUUUGCUUUUUCACUCUGUGUCUGCUCCCUAUAUGCUCAAUACCUAUUUAAAGAAUAGGUAUUCUUUAAAUAGAUCUAUUUGUCUUAGUCUGCUCAGGCUACUGUAACAAAAAAUACCACAGACUGGGCGGUUUAAAUGACAGAAAUUUAUUCCUCACAGUUCUGAAGGCGGGAAGUCCAAAGUCAAGGUGGCAACCAGUUGAGUUCCUGGUGAGGCUGUCUUGCCUACUCGCUGUGUCUUCUCAUGAUGGAGAGAGAGCGGGCUGGAGAGAGAGAGAGAGAGAGAGAGAGAGAGAAAGAAAGAGAGAGAGAGAGAGAGAGAGAGAGAGAGAGAGAGAGGAAGCAGGCUCUGCGGUCUGUUGCUUCUGUUUCUCUGGAGACCCUGACUUACAUAGACAGCAAAGAGAAACAUGGGAAGCAGCCCCCUUGGGAAGGAAUUCACUGAAGUGAGUCUGGGCAGAUGUGCGGGGGCAGAGCUGGACCUCACGUCCUUUCAUCUGCUUUACUAACUUUAUGAACUCCUCGGCCUGCCCAGAUGGCGUCAGCUCUUCCCGGGCACGUAUACGCAGUUGACUCAGGUUGGCACCAAAUCCACCCACACCUGUAAAGUAUCUGCCCGUUGAUGGCCGCUAGCAUCUUAGCGUGGUACCCCUCCCUCAGGCGUCGGGUGCCACCUUCCCCGCGCACUCGAGGGGGACAGUUGUGGGUCUGCUCGGCGGUGCCAGGGGACUCCCUCAGAGGCUGCGGGCCCCCACGGGGAUAGCAGAUGCCAGAUGUCACAGCCAGGGAAACACCUUGCUGAAGUUCAGAUGUGCAGUGGAUGGACCCCGGGUCUGGGGAGCCUACCGAAACAGAAGUUCAGGGGGUGUGUCGUGGGGACGAGGUGACUUUGACUCUGGAUUGAAAUAUAAGGAAGCAAGGAGCUAGUCCAAGUCACCAAAUAUUUCUUGGAGGCAGCCAGUCAGUUCCCAGGGAGCGGAACCCAAACCUCAAGUAAAUAGCCCUUGCCUGUUCCUUGGAUAAGUACAGGUUCUGGGUGAAGAGCAUGAGGCUACAUACAAAUACUGACACUGGCUGGUGGGUGUCUUAUGUAAUUGGCCCUGUUAAACUUUCCAAGCAAUUAUUGCUUAUAACUUUACCUGUAGCUUUACCUUUAGCUUUCAAAGGUUGGGUCUGGACAUGGCUACAGACAGAAAAUGUGAUGUGGGUGGUGUGUUGGAAAAACUCCCAUUUCCCACUUCUCCCUUAUGUUCACACACAACUCUUCACUGUGACGCUUCUGCCACCAGAUGUGUGGGAGUUGCCCCCAACCGAGCAUUCUCCGUGACACCAGCUGGAUGUCCUACAACUGAACUCAAUUCUGACACUGCCUACCCGGAGAUGGCGUCAGAUCCCACAGGUGAAGGGCUCAGUCCCACAAGGCUGCCCCCCUCAACUUCAGAUGCCCAAAAUCGAAGGAGUAAACUCAGGACGCUCCUUGGAGGCAGACAUUUGCACGGUCAGGACACUACAGAGAGGCGGUGCCCAAGGUCCCCAGACAGCACACGGUGCACAGGACCUGCGUGCCAUUCUGAUGAUUGGGGCACCCUCAAGCCAGCCUUGGACUCAGGUGUUGCUAAUCUGAAAGCCAUGGCCCUGGAUGAGUAAAACCCUCUCCCUGAGCCCGUCUGUCUCCCUGCGUCCUCUGACAGCCUGAGUGUGAGAAGAAUCCCCCUCACUGGGGGCGAGCUGGCCUUCCUGACGCUUUUCCUAUGGGCCGCAUUCUCGCUGUUUCAGCCAUCGAGGCAGCCUGACCCUGCUUCCUUUGAACGACUCUUCAGGUAAGCGGCAGAGAGUCUCCCGGCGAUGUGGCUGGGGAGUGGGAGCCCGAGGCCACUGGGCUCACUGCCCUCCCGCGUCCACUCGUGAAUAGAAGCUGCCUCCUGUCCCAGGCGUGUGUUUGGAUCAGUGGGUCAUCCUGCUUCUCUUCUGAGAACCACAUGCACAGACACCAGACCGAUGAAGCUCCUGGGUUUGCAUCUCUGUGGGGUGGUGUAACCCAGGCAACUCUGCUGCUGGGGCUGGUGAGGGGACGGCGCUCCCCCACGAUCACGUUCAUCCAUAUGACAAUUGGGAGACCAGCGAAGAAUCUGGCCAAAAUGGUAUCCUUUGCUGUGUCUUCAGAGACGUCUCAGUGUGAGAGACACACAGUGCAGGAGAGGCAAAGUACUGUCAGGCUACAAGGCCAUGAAGCUUGUGGCUGGAAGGUGGACCACCAGGAUGUGAAGAAGACGCCAGAGGGUGUGAUACAGUUCACCCGUCGCACUGCUCAGAUCCACUCGUUCCUCACGUCACGUCCAAUCCAUCUCAGAGCCCUCCAGGUGGUGGCAAGAAUCAAUAGCAUUUCAGGAAGCUUCUUAUUACGCAGGAUGAGAACUGAGACCCAUGCAUUGACACCUGUGGGUCAGGUCAACACUGAGGGCCUGGGAUCUCUGAACCGGAAGCAGAAGCACGUGGACGGGCCCCGGGGAAUUUCUGAACGGAGAUGGGAGCAGAGAGAACCCGAGGAAGAACAAAAGAUUUCCCUAAGAAAUUGAGGAUCAGCUUUUCCAUUUCUGCAGAAACACAGCUGGAAUUUUGACAGGUGUAAGUGAACGUCAAGAUGGCGAUUACACCAGACGUCAGGUUAGAGUAUUUGGAGAGUGUCGCUUCCAUCAUCCUAAAGUUCAAGCCGGACAAGUGGAGUAAAAUGGUCGGAGCAGAAGAGAACAUGGGUUUGUUCACCGAAUUCUUUGAGAAACCGGACGUCCUAGUUCUGGUGCUGACACUCAGCCCCGCCGGCAUGAUCAUACCCUGCCUGGGCUUCCCGGCCUCCCUCAAGUCCAAAGGGAUGUACUUCAUCAAGAAGAAACCUGAGAACAUCAGCAAUGACAACUACAAGGACCGCCUGGUCUAUGGGGACAUAAGCCCCACUCCCGUGGACCAGCUGAUCGCCAUCGUGGAGGAGGUCCUCUCUUCCCUGUUAAACCAAAGCGAAAACGUGAGCGGAUGGCCCCGCGUGGUCUCAGAGGACAUUGUGAAGCAAGUCCACAAGCUGAAGAACGAGAUGUGUGUGAUGGGCGGCAAGAUCAAGGGGAAGACGCUGCUGCCCAUCCCGGAGCACCUGGGCAGUCUGGAUGGCACCCUUGAGUCCAUGGAGAGGAUCCCCUCCUCCCUGGACAACUCGUUGCUGCACGCCAUCGAGACCAUCAUCAUUGACUGGUCCCGCCAGAUCCGGGAUGUGCUAAGCAAAGACUCGGCCCAGGCCCUGCUGGACGGGCUGCACCCCCUGCCCCGAGUCGAGUUUGAGUUCUGGGACACCCGGCUGAUGAACCUCAAGUGCAUCCACGAGCAGCUCAACAGGCCCAAAGUGAACAAAAUCGUCGAGAUCCUGGAAAAAGCCAAAAGCUGCUACUGGCCAGCCCUGCAAAAUGUGUAUAUGAAUGUCACUGAGGGCCUGAAGGAAGCCAACGAUAUAGUUCUGUAUCUGAAGCCUCUGCAGAUCUUGUUGGAGGAGAUGGAACAGACUGACUUCACGAUGCUCCCGACCUUCAUCGCCAAGGUGCUGUAUACCAUCUGCUCCAUCUGGGCCACGUCCGAGCACUACAACACGCCCUCCAGGGUCAUCGUCAUCCUGCAGGAGUUCUGCAACCAGCUCAUCGAGAUGACUCGGACCUACCUGAGUCCCGACGAGGUGCUGAAAGGCCUGCAGGGUGAAACUGAGGAGGUGCUGAGCGGCAUCUCUCUGUCCCUGAGCGUCCUGAAGGAGCUGUACCGAGCCUACGAGUUCUGCUGCACGAACAUGAAGCUUUUCUUCAAGAAAGACAAGAAGCCAGUGCCUUGGGAAUUCCCUUCUUCUCUUGCCUUUUCCAGGAUAAAUUCCUUUUUCCAGCGCAUCCAGACCAUUGAGGAUCUUUAUAAAACAGCCAUCGAGUUUCUGAAGCUGGAGAAAAUUGAGCUCGGGGGCGUGAGGGGCAGCUUCCUCGGAAGCCAGGUGACUCAGAUCUCUGAUGAGGUCUUUGAGCUGGUGAAGGUUUUUGCCGACUGCAAAUACGACCCCUUGGAUCCUGGAGAUUCGAGCUUUGAUGACGAUUACGCUGAUUUUGAGACCAAAAUUCAGGAUCUGGACAGGAGGCUGGCCACGAUCUUUUGCCAGGGGUUUGAUGACUGCAGUUCCAUUGAGUCCUGUGCAAAGCUCCUACACAUGUGUGGCAGCCUCUUGGAACGGCCUCUGAUUCUCCCCGAGGUGGUGCCCAGGUACUCGGUCAUGCUGGAGCUGUUUGACGCUGAGCUGGACAACACCAAGACCCUGUAUGACACCCAGAUUGCGGCCUCGGCAGACGGGAACAUCCCCCCUAUCCAUAAAAACAUGCCCCCGGUGGCCGGGCAGCUCAAGUGGAGCCUGGAGCUGCAGGAGAGGCUGGAGGCACCCAUGAGGGACCUCAAGCACAUCGAUCACCCGAUCAUGUCCAGUGUGGAGGCCAAGCUGAUCUACCAGAAAUACGAUGAGAUGGUGGAACUGCUGAGAAGCUACCGCGAGAGGAUCUACCAGCAGUGGGCGGCGGGGGUAGACCAGGACUGCCACUUCAACCUGGGGCAGCCCCUGAUUCAGCGGGACCCCGUCACCAGCCUCGUCCGCGUCAACUUCAGCAAAGCGCUGGUGGCAGUGCUGAGAGAGGUCAAGUACCUGAACUUCCAGCAACAAAAGGAGAUUCCCCGCAGCGCUGAGAACCUGUUCUCACAGUACGAAACCUUCUGGAAGUUUGUGGGCAACUUGGAACUCAUUGCCCGCUGGUACAAUGAGAUAAUGACCACUGUGAAGGACGUAGAAUUUCCACUGAUAAAGUCAGAAUUGGAAGCAAUCGAUGUCAAAUUGUUGGACGCUGAGACGACCUUAUUCUGGAACGGCAAAGGUGUGUUUGAAUAUAUUCAAGCGAUGCGAGAAAUGCUAUACAACUUGCAGAACAGGAUACAAAAAGCAAAGCAAAACAUAGAGGGGAUUUCCCAGGCCAUGAAGGACUGGUCGGCCAACCCAAUGUUUGAAAGGAAGGACAACAAGAAAGAGGCCCUGUUAGACUUGGACGGGAGGAUGGCCAACCUCAGCAAGCGCUACACCGCGGUCAAGGACGCCGGCCUGAAGAUCCAGUCCAUGGUCAUGGAAAAUGCGGAACUCUUCAGAGCGAACACGAUGAGCCAGUCCUGGAAGGAUUAUGUCAACUACGUUGACAGCAUGGUCUUGGAUGAAUUUGACCAUUUCAUUCGCAAGUCUCUAAAUCACCUAAUGGACAACAUGGUCGUAGAUGAGAGCAUCGCACCGCUGUUUGAGGUCCGCAUGGAGCUGGACGAGGAUGGGCUGGUCUUCAAUCCAUCCCUGGAGGUGGGCGGGGACCAAGGCUUCCUGGCGCUGAUCGGGAGCCUGGUCACUGACAUCUACAAUGCAGCCAAGCUCAUCCCCAGGCUGGCCAAGGGCAGGAUGAACUACAAGACCGACCUGGAAGACGUGACCGACCUCAUAGAGAUGGGGGAGGAGCUGUCCAACCUGGUCAUCAGCGCCAUAAAGGAGGCUGAGGAGUACCAGGACUCCUUCGAGCGCUACGCCUACCUGUGGAUGGACGACCCCCAGGAGGUCAUGAAGAGCUUCCUCAUCUAUGGCCGCGCCAUCAGCCCGGAGGACUGGGACCCCCAGGCCGAGGAGACCCUCCCCAAGAUGCCGCCUACCCUCGCCCAGUUCCAGCAGCAGAUCAACUCCUAUGAGAAGCUGUAUGAGGAGGUGUCCAAGCGUGAGGACACCAAGGUGUUCAACGGCUGGCUGCAGUGUGACUGCCGGCCCUUCAAGCAGGCCCUCCUCAACACCACCAAGCGCUGGAGCCUCAUGUUCAAGCGGCACCUGAGCAACCACGUGGUCAACAGCCUCGCAGACCUAGAAGCCUUCAUGAAAGUCUCCAGGGCGGGCUUGAUGAAGCCUCUCAAGGAGGGGGAUUAUGACGGCCUCGUGGAGGUGAUGGGGCAUCUGAUGAAGGUCAAGGAGAGGCAGACGGCCACCGACAACAUGUUUGAGCCCCUGAAGCAGACCAUCGAGCUGCUCAAGUCCUAUGGGGAGGAGAUACCCGAGGAGACGCACGUGAAGCUUCAGGAACUGCCGGAGCAGUGGACCAACACCAAGAAGCUGGCCAUCCAGGUGAAGCAGAACGUGGCACCCUUGCAGGCCAACGAGGUCAGCAUCCUGCGACGGAGGUGCCAGCAGUUCGAGCUCAAGCAGCACGAGUUCAGAGAGAAGUUCAGGCAAGAAGCCCCGUUCAGCUUCAGCGACCCCAACCCCUACAAGUCCCUCAAUAAGCAACAAAAGAGCAUCGCAGCCAUGGAGGGCGUCAUGGAGGCUCUGUGCAAAUCCGGGAGCCUGUUCGAGGUCACAGUGCCGGACUACAAGCAACUCAAGGCUUGUCACAAAGAGGUCCGCCAGCUGAAGGAGCUCUGGGACAUGAUCAUCAUGGUCAACACCAGCAUCGGUGACUGGAAGACCACCAAGUGGAAGAAUAUCAACGUCGAGCAGAUGGACGUAGACUGCCAGAAGUUCACCAAGGCCGUGAGGUCCCUGGACAAGGAGGUGAAGGGCUGGGAUGCCUUCGUGGGGCUGGACAACACCGUGAAGAACACGAUCGCGUCCCUGCGCGCCGUGAGUGAGCUGCAGAACCCUGCCAUCCGGAACCGCCACUGGCAGCAGCUCAUGCAGGCCACCCAGGUGAAGUUUGAAAUGUCAGAUGAGACCACCCUGGCGGAUUUACUCCAGCUGAACCUACAUCAAUACGAAGACGAGGUCCAAAACAUCGUAGACAAGGCUGUGAAAGAGUCUGGCAUGGAAAAGGUGCUGAAAACCCUGGAUAGUACCUGGUCCACCAUGGAGUUUGAGCACAGGCAGCACCCGCGGACAGGCACCAUGAUGCUCAAGACGGAUGAGGUGCUGGUGGAGACGCUGGAGGACAGCCAGGUGCAGCUGCAGAACCUGAUGACGUCCAGGUACCUGUCCCACUUCCUGAAGGAGGUGACGAGCUGGCAGCAGAAACUGUCCGCUGCGGACUCGGUCAUCUCCAUCUGGUUCGAGGUCCAGAGAACCUGGAGCCACCUGGAGAGCAUCUUCAUUGGUUCCAAAGACAUCCGCGCCCAGCUGCCGGAGGACUCCAAACGCUUUGAUGACAUCGACCAGGAGUUCAAGGCCUUGAUGGAGGAGGCGGUGAAAACACCCAACGUGGUCGAAGCCACCAACAAACCUGGUCUCUAUAACAAACUUGAGAACCUGAAGAAGAGGUUGGCCGUGUGUGAAAAGGCCCUGGCCGAAUAUUUAGAGACAAAAAGACUUGCUUUCCCAAGGUUCUACUUCGUCUCCUCAGCCGACCUCCUGGACAUUCUCUCCAAUGGAAAUGACCCCGUGGAGGUGAGCCGCCACCUGUCCAAGCUCUUCGACAGCCUGUGUAAACUGAAGUUCCGCCUCGACGCCGACGGGAAGCCGCUCAGGUUUGGCCUGGGCAUGUACAGCAAGGAGGACGAGUACGUGGACUUUGACCGGGAAUGUGACCUCUCGGGGCAGGUGGAGGUCUGGCUGAACCGGGUGUUGGACAGGAUGUGCGCCACACUCCGCCACGAGAUCCCGGAAGCCGUGGUGACUUACGAGGAGAAGCCAAGGGAGCAGUGGAUCUUUGACUACCCCGCCCAGAUUGCGCUCUCGUGCACCCAGAUCUGGUGGACAACCGAGGUGGGCCUGGCGUUUGCCAGGCUGGAGGAAGGCUACGAAAACGCCAUCAAAGAUUACAACAAGAAGCAGAUCAGUCAGCUGAACGCGCUCAUCACCCUGCUCGUCGGAAACCUCAACGCCGGGGACAGGACGAAGAUCAUGACCAUCUGUACCAUCGACGUCCACGCCCGGGAUGUGGUCGCCAAGAUGAUCACCGCCAAGGUGGAGAGCGCCCAGGCCUUCACCUGGCAGUCCCAGCUGCGGCACCGCUGGGAUGAGGAGAAGAAGCACUGCUUUGCCAACAUCUGCGAUGCCCAGAUCCAGUACUCGUACGAGUACCUGGGCAACACUCCACGGCUGGUCAUUACCCCUCUCACCGACAGAUGCUAUAUAACCUUGACCCAGUCACUCCACCUGAUCAUGGGCGGAGCCCCUGCUGGCCCCGCCGGGACUGGCAAGACAGAGACGACCAAGGACCUGGGCAGAGCCCUGGGCACCAUGGUCUACGUCUUCAACUGCUCCAAGCAGAUGGACUACAAGUCCUGUGGCAAUAUCUACAAGGGCCUGGCCCAGACUGGAGCCUGGGGCUGCUUCGAUGAGUUCAAUCGAAUCUCCGUGGAGGUCUUGUCUGUGAUCGCCGUACAGGUAAAAUGUAUCCAAGAUGCAAUUCGGGCCAAGAAAGAAGUGUUUAAUUUCCUGGGAGAGAUGAUAAGCCUCAUCCCCACUGUUGGCCUCUUCAUCACCAUGAACCCCGGGUACGCCGGACGUACAGAGCUGCCCGAGAACUUAAAGGCCUUGUUCAGGCCCUGCGCCAUGGUGGUCCCCGACUUUGAACUGAUAUGCGAGAUCAUGCUGGUGUCUGAGGGCUUUCUGGAGGCCCGCCUUCUGGCCAGGAAGUUCAUCACGCUCUACACCUUGUGCAAAGAGCUGCUGUCAAAGCAGGAUCAUUAUGACUGGGGCUUGCGAGCCAUCAAGUCUGUGCUGGUGGUGGCCGGCUCCCUGAAGAGGGGCGACCCCAGCCGAGCAGAGGACCAGGUACUGAUGCGGGCGCUCAGGGACUUCAACACCCCCAAGAUCGUCGCCGACGACCUGCCCGUGUUCGUGGGGCUCAUCGGGGACCUCUUCCCUGCACUGGAUGUGCCUCGGAAACGGGACCUGAAUUUUGAGAAGGUCAUCAAGCAGAGCAUCGUGGAGCUCCAGCUGCAGGCGGAGGACAGCUUCGUGUUGAAGGUGGUGCAGAUGGAGGAACUGCUGCAAGUCAGGCACUCAGUGUUCGUCAUCGGGAGCGCGGGCAGUGGCAAGUCCCAGGUCCUCAAGUCUCUGAACAAGACCUAUCAGAACCUGCAGAGGAAGCCGGUCGCCGUGGACCUGGACCCCAAGGCCGUCACCUGCGAUGAGCUCUUCGGCAUCAUCAACCCGGUGACCAGGGAGUGGAAAGAUGGCCUCUUCUCCACCAUCAUGCGGGACCUGGCCAACAUCCCUCACGACGGCCCCAAGUGGAUCAUCCUGGACGGGGACAUAGACCCCAUGUGGAUCGAGUCCCUCAACACCGUCAUGGAUGACAACAAGGUCCUCACGCUGGCCAGCAAUGAGCGGAUCCCCCUGAACCGCACCAUGCGGCUGGUGUUCGAGAUCAGCCACCUGAGAACGGCCACACCGGCCACCGUCUCCAGAGCCGGCAUUCUGUACAUCAACCCGGGCGAUCUAGGGUGGAACCCGGUGGUGAGCAGCUGGAUCGAGAAGCGCAAGGUGCAGUCGGAAAAGGCCACCCUGCUGGUCCUCUUUGACAAGUACCUGCCCACCUGCCUGGACAAGCUUCGCAUCGGGUUUAAGACGAUCACGCCGGUGCCCGAGAUCACGGUCAUCCAGAUGAUCCUGUACCUGCUUGAGUGCCUCCUCACCGAGAAGAACGCACCACCCGACUCUGCCAAGGAGCUGUACGAGCUCUACUUCGUGUUCGCCUGCUUCUGGGCCUUCGGAGGGGCCAUGUUCCAGGACCAGCUUGUAGAUUAUCGGGUCGAGUUCAGCCGAUGGUGGAUCAACGAGUUUAAGACAAUCAAGUUCCCCUCGCAGGGAACGAUCUUUGACUACUACAUAGAUCCCGACACCAAAAAGUUCCUGCCAUGGACGGACAAGGUGCCCCGCUUCGAGCUGGACCCUGAUGUCCCGCUGCAGGCCUCACUGGUGCACACCACGGAAACCAUCCGUAUCCGCUACUUCUUGGACCUGCUCGUGGAGAAGUCGUGGCCGGUGAUGCUGGUGGGGAAUGCAGGGACGGGCAAGUCGGUGCUGAUGGGGGACAAGCUGGGCAGCCUGAGUACAGACGACUGCUUGGUGCAGGCCGUGCCCUUCAACUUCUACACGACCUCGGCUAUGCUGCAGGGUGUUCUCGAAAAGCCGCUGGAGAAGAAAUCAGGGCGGAAUUACGGGCCACCAGGCACCAAGAAGCUGAUCUACUUCAUCGACGACAUGAACAUGCCCGAGGUGGACAAGUACGGGACGGUGGCCCCGCACACCCUCCUCCGGCAGCACAUGGACCACAGGCACUGGUAUGACCGACAGAAGCUGACACUGAAGGACGUCCAUAACUGUCAGUACGUGGCGUGCAUGAACCCCACUGCUGGAUCCUUCACCAUCGACCCCAGGCUUCAGCGCCACUUCUGUGUGUUUGCCGUGAGCUUCCCGGGCCAGGAGGCCCUCAUGAGCAUCUACAGCACCAUCCUGGCCCAGCACCUGGCCUAUCAAUCGGUCCCCGUGGUAGUCCAGAAGAUGAGCAGCCAUCUGGUGGCCUCCGCCCUGGCCCUGCACCAGAAAGUGACAUCAACGUUUCUUCCCACAGCCGUUAAGUUUCAUUAUGUCUUCAACCUCAGGGACCUCUCCAGUAUUUUCCAGGGGCUCCUGUUCUCCACCACAGAGAUCCUGAAAAUCCCACUAGACCUCGUCCGCCUCUGGCUGCACGAAGCCGAACGUGUGUACGGCGACAAGAUGGUGGAUGAGAAGGACCAGGAGACGCUGCGCAGAGUCACCAUCGCUUCCACCAAGAAGUUCUUCGACGAUCUUGCUGACGAGCUCUUAUUCGCCAAACCCAAUAUCUACUGCCACUUUGCUCACGGGAUCGGCGAUCCCAAGUACCUGCCGGUGACUGACGUGGCUCCCCUGAGCAAGCUCCUGGUGGAAGCUCUGGAGAGUUACAACGAGAUCAACGCGGCCAUGAACCUGGUGCUGUUUGAGGACGCAGUGGCCCACAUCUGCAGGAUCAGCCGCAUCCUGGAGUCCCCACGGGGCAACGCCCUGCUGGUAGGGGUGGGCGGUAGCGGCAAGCAGAGCCUCUCCCGCCUGGCCGCGUACAUCAGCGCACUGGACGUGUUCCAGAUCACCCUCAAGAAGGGCUACGGGAUCCCAGACCUCAAGCUCGACCUCGGCGCCCAGUACAUCAAGUCGGCCGUGAAGAACGUUCCCUCGGUGUUCCUGAUGACGGACUCCCAGGUGGCCGAGGAGCAGUUUCUGGUGCUGAUCAAUGACCUGCUGGCCUCGGGGGAGAUCCCGGGGCUGUUUACGGACGACGAGGUGGAGAACAUCAUCUCCUCCAUGCGGCCGCAAGUGAAGUCCCUGGGCCUGACGGACACCCGGGAGGCGUGCUGGAAAUUAUUCAUUGAGAAAGUGCGCAGGCACCUGAAGGUAAUCCUGUGUUUCUCCCCCGUGGGCUCCGUCCUGCGUGUACGAGCAAGAAAAUUCCCUGCCGUGGUCAACUGCACAGCCAUCGACUGGUUCCAUGAGUGGCCAGAGGACGCCCUGGUGUCCGUCAGCACUCACUUCCUUGAGGACACCGAGGGGAUUCAGGUAAGUCACGGGGCAUAGAGCCGGGAGGGAGGGUUCCUGUCAGGCCGGGAGUAGGGUGAGGCAGCUGAGGCACUCGCCUUGGGUGCAAAACUUAAGGGGGCACCAAAAACUUAAUCAAGAUCAGUGAUGUUUUAAUGCAGUAUUUUUAAAAAUCAAUAUUAAUGCUGAAAUGCUCAAAAGUGUCAAAACUGUAAACAAAGACAGGCUGCCGUUUGUUGGUUUUCUGGCCCCAACUUACUGUGCCAGGGAAAUGGUCGUUUCAAUCAGCUGGGGGUUCCGGGCCUCACGCGGCCAUGGGCCCACAGGGCUGGUUCCGGGGGAUCCCACGUGCGAACAGAUUGAGCAGCUCGGGCUUUGAACAUAGUCCCCGAUUGGAGCCGACUGCAGAGCCCGUAUUUACUUUGAUAAGUGUAUGCGGGCGCACACUUUUUCCUCUUGCCUUGGGCUCCAACAUGGCUCUGACCCCAGGGCUCUGCCCCCAGGGCUCUGCCCAGGGCUGCUGCCUCACCUUUGACCUACCUUUUUUUU